CGGAGCGGAAAAAACAUCCUUCCUUCUAUCUUUUUUUUUAAUCAUUGUAUGGGGAGCAAAUCAGAUCUGUCUUUCUUGGGAUGCAUUAAGGCUGUUUUUGUAUCUUUUGUUGUUGUUGUUAUGGAACUGAAACUCCGGCAGAUGGACAUUUGAUUUUAACCAGCUGGAGGAUUUUUGCACUUUGCAGUUGACAAACUUUGCACCACGUCGGAAAAGACAGAGAGAAGGAUAAGGCACGCUUGGUAUGGCGCGCGCUAACUUUUGGCUGUUCUUAACGGUGCUCGUGGCGCUCGAGCUGUGCGGCAGCGACGAGCCGGAGUUGCUCUCGCGCGCGCCGGCGCCCUCCGAAGUGCCCGUGAUGGCCGUGAUGCCCUCGGCCGUUUCCCUGCUCGAGCUGAUGCACGAGGAGGAAGUGCCGGCGGAGGAGGAGGAGGAGGUGGAGGAGGAGGAGGCAGCCGGCGCGCGCCAGUGCUCGGCGUGCGCGUGGCGGGAGCAGAGCCGCGCGCUGCGCCUCGAGACCAUCAAGUCGCAGAUCCUGAGCAAGCUGCGGCUCAAGCACGCGCCCAACAUCAGCCGCGCCGUGGCCGAGCAGCUGCUUCCGCGCGCGCCGCCGCUGCAGCGCCUCCUGGACCAGCACGACUUCCAGGGAGACGCGGCGGGAAUAGGAGCGGCACGAGAGCUGGACGAGUUCACCGAGGCGGAUGAGUAUCACGCCACCACCGAGUCGGUGAUCGCGAUGGCCUCAGAGCCGGAACCAAUAGUUCAGGUGGAUGGAAAACCAAGCUGCUGUUUCUUCAAGUUCAGUCCCAAGUUGAUGUUCACUAAAGUGCUGAAAGCCCAGCUCUGGGUUUAUCUACGACCACUGCAACAAACUUCUACUGUUUACCUGCAGAUCCUGCGUCUCAAACCUGUAACUGACCAGGGAAGCCGCCACAUCCGCAUCCGCUCCCUCAAGAUCGAGCUCAACUCACGAUCAGGCUACUGGCAGAGCAUUGACUUUAAGCAUGUCCUGCAGAACUGGUUCAAGCAGCCACACACAAAUUGGGGCAUUGACAUAAAUGCCUUUGAUGAAAGUGGCAAUGACCUGGCUGUGACCUCACUAAGACCUGGAGAGGAAGGGCUGCAGCCGUUCCUGGAGGUGAAGGUUCUUGAGACGACCAAGCGUACGCGUCGAAAUCUUGGCCUGGACUGCGACGAGCACUCGACUGAAUCCCGCUGCUGCCGCUACCCACUCACAGUGGACUUUGAGGCAUUUGGAUGGGAUUGGAUCAUUGCUCCUAAGCGCUACAAGGCCAACUACUGUUCAGGCCAGUGUGAGUACAUGUUCAUGCAGAAGUACCCACACACCCAUUUGGUGCAGCACGCUAACCCUCGAGGCUCGGCCGGCCCUUGCUGUACGCCCACCAAAAUGUCACCCAUAAAUAUGCUCUAUUUUAAUGACAAGCAGCAGAUCAUCCAUGGAAAGAUUCCCGGCAUGGUGGUGGAUCGCUGCGGCUGCUCUUAGACACAAAAGAUGGCUCGUUUGGUCUGCUGGUGACUGUUCAAUUGUCCUGUUUUGCUUUCCUCUCACGUCCCUGAAGAGUGACACAAAGAUCAAGGAGGCCAAAUUUAGCUUGUUACUAUAGUCAGCUAAUAACAGAAUAAUUCAUGGUAAAAGUGGUAAGAACUGAAGCUGAAGGGCAGAGAUUUCUAAGAACAAUUUAAAGUUUGAAGACAGGCUAAUAGUGAGAGAAGAGUGAGACAUUUAUUUAUUUCUUUUCAAUGUUAGUUUUUUUUAUGUGUUUGUUGCUCCUGGUUUUGACUUUAAGUGUUUGAUUUUAACUGUUUAAUAGCUGUAAGAUGGAUAUUUUUUUGAAUUGGCUCCAAAGUGAUCAAGCCAGUUUUUUUUAAGCCUGUUCAUUCUGUCCUACUGGAAGGGCAAAAACUAAAUACUGAAUACUAAAAUAAAUUAAUGCAAUGCCCUCUGUAUACUGUGACAGUGAAAUUGAUGCUAUUUCCAGCUGUCAGAUGCAAGAUGCCUCGAGAACCAAGAAUAUUUAUAGCUCUUUUAUAUGAGUUUAAUUUACACAUCUAAAAGAAUCAGAUACUUUUUUUUUUAACUCACUCACACACAGUUUAAACAUCUUCUCAUAUUAAACUGUAAUAUUAUAGACAUCUAACCUUUUCUAAAAGCAAUUAACUUGCUUGUUUAAUUCAGAUGUUACAGAAUUGGCCUAGCAUAGAAGGAUGCUUACAAUGUUUUUUUCCAGUUUGUCCUAAACAAAAAAGACAGGUCUCCUUAUGCUGCUUCUUAAUGGAUCAGAUUUAAUCUCCAGGGCAUAAUUGCUGGCAUGUACAUGUUACUAACUAGGUAAUUUAAUUAUUACAACAACACAAGUAAAGUAAAAUAGAAAGGGAUUUUUUUUUAACUGUAUCAUAUAUUAAACCUUAAGCAGAAAAAAUAUUGAUUUCACUGUCCCAAAAAAUGGCAUCUCUUAGAUAUUCUUAAGCAUAUAUUUUAUUAGUGAAUUUUGUCCCCAUCUAUACUUUAUUUCAUCCAAAAGCAUUAAUAUGUUAGAGAAGCAAAAACAUGCCAAGAGACCUACUGUAGGUAAACAUGCUAAACCAGACCCCCCACCACACACUGCAAAUGCAGCUAGCACCCCAGUGCGACAUUCCCAAGAAUCCCGCCGCCUUUUCAUGGCCACUUUGAUCUCCUUUUUACUCAUCAUCUUGUAAAAGACAAAAAGAAACAAGAAGAGAAAGGUUUUUUUCAAGACUUUUCAAUAAGGACAGGAAAAGGGGUUUGACCAGGCAAUCGAAAUUACGACCACAGCACUGACACAAACACAAAGCCUGACCUUUAGCGCAUCGGCUCCAGCACCUGGUCAACCACAGCUGGUCCCUAAGUAUUAGGUUGCAAGGAGAUUGAUAUUAUUUAAUAAUAAUGCUUUAAUAACAGACUUUAUUAUAUAGAUUUCCAUCCAUAUUGUGGGAUUUGACUGCUUUAAAACAAAACAUUUCGUGCAGACAAAAGAGUAAGUAUAAAUUCAUCCAAUGUGAGUAACAAGGCCUUCAGCUGAUGCUCAAAAUAUUCACAUAUCAGAUGUAGGCAUGUGCUGGUAUGCUAUAUUUAUGUGACAAUAACUGCCUGACACUGAGGUAGUGUGCUAUAUCCUGUUGUAUGUGAUAUUUAUCAUAACAUAUUAUCAGCACAUCUGAUCUGAUAGAUGCACUAGGCUGUCCCACCACACACACACACACACACACACACAGUUGCUGGGUUACGUUUAAUUAAAAUUCAGCAUGUGGCAAACUGUACGUUUCAAGAAAAAAAAAUCUCAUUUGUUGUUUUUUUUUUCUCUAUUUUGUUAAUGACAUAUCACUCCAUUAUUACUCCUUACUAAUCCUUAAUGGUAUAAUGAACUUAAGUGCUUAAAAGGAAAAAAAGAUUAGGAAGUCUCGUCCUCACUAGAUGUCUAAGCAAAGAUGAAUAUCGCUCUGUUGGAAACUAAAGCACUAUGCUGUUGGAUAAAGGAGACGCCUUCUGACGUUAUAUAUAAAUAAUAUAUGUAUAUAAUUUUUUUUUUUUAAAGGGGUACAAAAGAACCUUUCUGGGCACUCUACCUUACCAACUAUAAAUUUUGCACUAUGGGAAUGGCAAGAGAAGUCAUGUUCUCUGUAUUUGUAUUAUACCUUUUCAAGCACAAGAGCUUGUACAUGGACUGUAACAAUAAAAAAAAAGAAAAAAAAAAGGAAAAAAAAGAGAAAAAGUCUUGAGUUUAUGAAGUGGAUGUACAGUGACUGUCCAUUAUAUUUUCCUCAUCUUUACACUUUCUUGAGGUUUUUUUUUUCCCCCCUGUCUUCUAAAGCGGAGACCUGUCAUCAUUUCCCUUCCACAAAAUUGACAUACCUGAACAAAUGUACAUUUAUCCUGCUUGGACAGCAUCACUUGCAUGUAUGAGCACAGCAUGAAAUGCAGUCUAUAUAUAUAGAGGGAGAUAUAUUAAACUUUUGUUCCUGAUCAUUUGCAUUGUUAA